CACGGACUCACACGGGAUGACGUUCGAACACCCUAACGCGAAAGGGGUGCUGAUGCCGGGGCAGUCGAAAUGUCACAUUGGACGGCUCGUUCCGCGCGGAACUGGGGACGAGCAGGAAGAUCCCGUCUGUCGAAAGACGUGUUCACCCACCGGAGAUUUCCCGAAUAAAGGAAAAACGGAAAGGCUGUCCACCGCGUUCACGCACACGACGCUGACGGAGGAUGCGGAUAUCACACUGCGCGCGUCCAUGGUGACGCCCGUGGAAAACAUUGAGGGCUGUCUACCGUGUGGCGCGACGAUGAAGUGGUCAUGCUGUAACCAGUGCUGUGGCGCGUGUGCGUUGUGGUCUGAGGACGGAUUCCUGGAGUGUCGAAGAGAAGAGCUUGCCCAUGUCGGGCUAGUUGACGAAACGGAAGACGAGUCCUCUGCUGUGUUAGAAAGAAAAAAGCAACUUGAGAAUGACGUCGAGAAUCCGACAGCGUGUGCGUUCGCAACUUGGGAUGGGUGUCAGCCUGUCCCAGAAGACUGCAUUACGUCUAGCAUCGAGCCGCGAGCGCAGAUAGGUACGCGAUUAGCGCGUGUGUCUCUCAAUCGGGGUAGAGUUAAUUCUUGUCAAGUGAGCCCCGAUGCCACCAAGCUUGCUGUGGCAUGUGAAGACGGCAGUGUCGUGGUGUAUAACCUCGAUGCUUUGCAGGGUGACCUCGGCAUAAACCAGCUCGGAGUCAUAUUGCCGGGAAGGGCACCCAAGGUGAGGGCGAAGCCAAAGACAGUUGUGAACUUUGAUAGUGACAGCGAAAAUGAGAACGCUGAUGAAGAGCACAAUAUUGUGGCUGCAAAUACCACUUUUGAGCACGGGGUCAAAUUUGAUGUCUCCGUCGGUUUGACUGAGGGAGAGACGGCGAUGCCGUCUACUGUUCCGUCCACGAAACAUGUCGAGAAUGCUGAUUUUGAACCUAAAUCUCCGCGCGUUGCGAUCACCCCACGUUUUGUCAUGAUCGAAAAACCAGCACAGGUGUCAUUUGAGACGACGCCUCGUGGACACGAAGGUGCGGUCACGUGCGCCACUUUUUCCCACGACUCCCUCAGCUUGUUCACGGGCAGUCGCGACUCGACUAUCAAACGGUGGUCGUUACCUGACUUGUGUCUUUUGAAGACAUACAAAUGUGAGAAAAAAGUAGAACAGGGCGACGUCUUAGCGAUUUUGUUAAGCCCUGAUGGCAAUAUGCUGCACGGGUCCGGGGAAAAUACGUGCUUGACGACAUGGGACGUACAUUCCGGGCAAGUUCUGGACAGAAUGUACCAGCGGCGCGUUCAUGAGAAGGUCCACGAGGAGGCGUUGUCUAGUACCGUUGACUUUGAGGAGGAAGAGGAGAUCAAGGACACGAAGAGCGCUGGUGCGGCAGACACCUCUAGUAAGGAUGAUGACGAAGAAUCGAAGAAUGGCUAUGACGGCUCACCCACGGUUGAUGUCGAAAACAAUACGGAGGCGGGAAAGCAAAUGAAGCAUGUUUUGACGCAGACCAAGCCAAAGGGCACGCCUAUAUGGAUCCAGUGCAUGACGGCUGCUGCCGAUUGUCCAGUACUCGUGUUUACUGGGUCACGUGACUCUGCCGUGCGCCGUUGGAACGUCGAGACGCGGGUUUGCGAACACGUAUUCUCAGGACAUGGCUCGUCCCCUGUCAAUUCUGUUGCUAUUUCAAAAGAUGGAUCUGACGUCUUUAGCGGUGGCGGGAGGGAAGAUGGCAUGUUAUGCCAUUACCGUUGGGGCGAUGUAUCAGGCAUGAAACAUACGUGUGAAAACGGAGUGGCAAUGAAGUCAGGUCCUGUCGAGGGUUCCUACGUCCGUAUUAGGUCGUUCAUACCCCCUCGAAUGCGGGGUACGGAGAAUAUUAACU